UGAAAUGAGAAGAAAACACAGAAGCAGACUCAACACAACAUUCUUUUUUUCUCUUCACUUCUACUCAAUAUGACCAUGCGACGUCGUACCUUCUCUCUCUUCUACUAUUCUUCCCUUUUAAUCGUUUCUUUUUUGCAAAUUUUUGUUCAUGGCGAUCAUAAUCACACCGUUAUUCCCAUCAAUCGCGAUCUUUAUCACUCCAGUGGCGAUUUGAUGGAAAUGAUUAAGAGUUUAGUGGAUCGGCACCCGGACAAACUCACUAUGGAGACAAUUAAAACUGGAAAUAAGGGCUAUAGUGCAGAGAUCAGUGUAGUUACUUAUUGCCGGAGGAGAAGGAAAGAUGUUGAAGGCAGGUCAAAGUUUCGGAUCCUUCUUAGUUUUGGGCAGCAUGGGAGGGAACUUAUAACAUCCGAACUUGCCUUAAGGAUCUUGUCAAUCUUAAGUGAAGAGCAAUUUCUACCCACCAUGGAUCCAGCUUCCUUAAACAGUACCCUUGACGACCUUGUUAUAAAGGUGGUGCCAAUGGAAAAUUUGAAUGGCCGAAAACUUGUUGAAGCAGGAGAUCUUUGCGAACGAAGAAAUGGGAGAGGAGUUGAUCUAAACCGAAAUUGGAGUGUAGAUUGGGGCAAAAAGGAGAAGGACUUCGAUCCUUAUGAAGAGAAUCCUGGAUAUGCUCCUUUUAGUGAGCCUGAAACUCAAAUACUGCGGAAACUUGCCAUAUCCUUUGAUCCUCACGUAUGGGUUAAUGUACAUUCUGGCAUGGAAGCACUGUUCAUGCCAUAUGACCACAAAAACACUACUCCUGAAGGAUUGUCUUCACAGCGGAUGAGGAGGUUGCUUGAAGAAAUCAAUAAAGCUCACUGCCACAACCAUUGCAUGAUUGGAUCUGGUGGAGGCUCUGUAGGGUACCUGGCACAUGGGACAGCAACAGAUUACAUGUUUGAUGUUGUAAGGGUGCCCAUGGCUUUCACCUUUGAGAUAUAUGGAGACAAUACUGCCUCAUCAAAUGACUGCUUUAAAAUGUUUAAUCCCGUUGAUCACUCUACCUUCAAUGGAGUUCUCAACAGUUGGUCUGCUGCAUUUUUCACAAUUUUUAAACUGGGUCCAAAUCACUUGGACGAAUUCCAGGAAAAAACCUCUGCAUCAAAUCUGGACAAAUUGGUAUCCAUAGAUGAAUAUCUUGAUGGUUACUUAAUGGAAAGAACUCAUAGAUCUGGGAAGAAAAUGGAGGUGCUUGACUUUGGAAUGCAAGAGAUUAGAACAUAUUUCAGGCUAUUCUUGUUAUCAUCUGUGCUAUUAAUGUUCAUGUUCUGUUCUAGAAUUUCAAAAAGCAAGUGUAGUAGACCAAUAGUUUCGAGCUUUGCAGCCGCAUCCCAUUGAUUGGUGGACAAGGGAGGUUUUCUUAAAAUUCUUUUGGGAAAAUGUAUGAUUACACACUUACAGAUAUUUUUCCCUAGAAUGCCGCAUAGGAACUUUUCAGCGAAGUUUUUUCCGGUAUAUAUUGGAUGCGUACCCAUUAUAUAACUCUUCAAUUUUAGUGUUGACUGUUGUGAGAUUUGUGUUAGAGUAAUGCUAUAGUUAUCGAUGGGUG